CUUUCUUCAUUCCUCCCAGCCGAGAGCAACAAUGGCGGUAUCUCUGAGAUGGUUUUCUGUUGGCUCAUUGCUGCUGGUUCUAACGCUGCUUUUUAUAAGCGUCAUGGCCUCCAAAGAAAAUGAUCAACUUGUACAGUCAAGGUUUGCAGAGGCAGAGGAGUUGCAAAGCUCCAAAAAUGCGUCAAUGGCGGACAGGUCAGAGGAUGCAUGGAAUGAGCACGCUGUCCAGGAUCCAGAGGAGGUAGCUUCUAUGGUUGAUCUGAGCAUUAGCAAUAGCACUCGUAAGAGGAACUUGGGAUAUUUUUCAUGUGGAACAGGGAACCCGAUCGACGACUGUUGGCGCUGUGACAGGCGCUGGUAUCACCGCCGAAAGAACCUAGCCAACUGUGCCAUUGGGUUUGGAAGGAAUGCGGUUGGCGGCUGUGACGGCAGAUACUACGUUGUUAGUGACCCCAGUGAUGAUGACCCUGUUAACCCUAAACCGGGUACGCUCCGCCACGCAGUCAUUCAGGACAGGCCUUUGUGGAUUGUGUUUAAGCGGGAUAUGGUGAUCACACUCAAGCAGGAGCUUAUUAUGAACAGCUUUAAGACCAUUGAUGGUCGGGGUGCUAAUGUCCACAUUGCUUAUGGGGCUUGCAUUACGAUCCAAUUCAUUACAAAUGUCAUCAUCCAUGGCCUGCACAUCCACGAUUGCAAGCCAACAGGCAACGCCAUGGUGCGGAGCUCGCCAAGCCAUUUUGGGUGGAGGACAAUGGCUGAUGGGGAUGCCAUUUCUAUUUACGGUUCGAGCCAUAUUUGGGUUGACCACAACUCACUCUCUAAUUGUGCUGAUGGCCUUAUCGAUGCUGUAAUGGGCUCCACUGCCAUUACCAUUUCUAACAACCACUUCACCCACCACAAUGAGGUUAUGCUAUUGGGUCACAGCGACUCCUAUACAAGAGAUAAGCAGAUGCAGGUGACCAUUGCCUACAACCAUUUUGGUAAGGGACUAAUCCAGAGAAUGCCAAGGUGUAGGCAUGGACAUUUCCAUGUGGUAAACAAUGACUACACACAUUGGGAAAUGUAUGCCAUUGGUGGAAGUGCUAAUCCUACCAUUAACAGUCAGGGCAAUAGAUAUCUUGCACCUGCCAACCCUUUUGCCAAGGAGGUGACAAAGAGGAUGUGCGAAGAAAAUGGUACAUGGAAGCGCUGGAACUGGAGAUCAGAAGGAGAUCUUCUGCUUAAUGGAGCCUACUUCAUUCCAUCAGGAGCUAGAGUUACAGCCAGCUAUGCCAGAGCCUCAAGUUUGGGGGCCAAGUCCUCUUCCGUGGUUGGUGCCAUUACUUCCGGUGCUGGUGUCCUUACUUGCCGCAGGGGUUACCAGUGUUGACUCCCAAUCUCAUCAACAGAAUAGAGAAUGGAGGAGAGAGAGAGAGAGAAUAAUUACCCAUUUUUUCUUCCUUUUAUCAUUGUCAUAGCACCUAGUCAGUCAUUGAGUGUGCAGCUAUUUCACACACAUUGCUUCUUUGAACUUGUCCCAAUCAAAAUAUUUGAAAGGUGUAAAUUUUCACAUGUACCAAGUUUUCGCCACGUAAAUAUCCAUUAUUCCACUCAGCAGAGUGGCUUAUCUCAAUUGUCAGGCUGCUAAAGGUACCCAAGCGUUUUCUAUGUCUCACUCAAGUGUCUUCAAGCGUUCCCAUUGAGUUGGUCAAGUCAAGGACUAAUGGGUACUGGGGCCUUUCUCUCCUUCACGCAAUGUCAGUUCCAGUAUGGCUUCAAUACCCGAAGAAGGGAAAAAUAAGAUAAAA